UGUAGCAAAGAUUAUAAUUGUUUCGUCUUUUUGCAGUUGGAUAUAAAACGGGCAAUGCGUAUGUUUGAAGAUGCAACAAGAUUGGUAUCUAUAGUGGAUAUGUUCAGUGACAACGAAACUUUUGAGGAAGUUGCUACAGAGAAUAUCAAAUAUUUUUUAUUACCAGCUCUGUUGGGCAAACUUACCAAUCAGAUAUGUGUUACCGAUGAUAGAAUGCAUUUGGUUAAAGUAGCAGAAGUCUAUUUUGUAGAUUUUUUAAAGCGGCUGAAAGCAUAUGGUUUGACAGACGUGGAAAUACCUGAAAUUGGUUUAGCCAAUGAGAAAAAGGAAAAAGAUAAUCAGAAUACAUCAGAUUCUUCAUCAAAGAUGUUAGAAGAUAUGGUGAUUCGUAGAAAUACAAAGUUACAAAGGUACCAACAAGAGAAAGAUUUGGAAUCUCAUUUGAAUACUUUGAAGAAAAACUUAGAUAAUCCAAAUAUUGAUGAUGAAAUUAAGAGAGAAUAUUUUGUUACUCUUCUAAAAUUAUAUGCAGUCCGAAUCGUCGACGAAUUAAAUUUGUUGAAAACGGAGAAAACGAUUUUGGAGAAUAUGAAGCAAAUGGGACCUAUGCAUACUUUAACUUCUGAAUUACAAAAAAAGAAAAAAUUACCAACUCCGAAACUGCAACCUAUUAUCAUUACACGUGAUGAGAUACAAAAGAAAGUUUUCGGAACAGGCUAUCCAAGUUUACCAGUUUUAACGGUACAAGAGUUCUACGAUCAAAGAGUUAAGGAUGGAGACUGGCCUGAUCCAUCACAUCAUAACGCAACAAAUUCUCGGUGUCUACAAAAUAUAGCGAACAAGCAAGAUACGAGCGCAGACAGUGAGGACAAUGAGGUCAUUUUGAAGGAGGAAAAAGAAGAAGAAGAUGAUCUUGAAUAUCUUGAACGAGCGCGUGCAAUGGAUGAAUAUAAAGACACACAUCGUCGUGGAUGGGGUAAUCGUGCUAAUAGAAGUUGAACGAGAUUGAUAUAUGUUAUAAUUUUUUUGUCUAAAUAUUUAUUCUUUACCUCAAUAUGCUUUCUUUUGUCUUCGUUUAUGAUUUGUAACCGUCGAAUCACGUUUUACUUGUAAAAUUGAAUAUCUUAAAACAUAAAACAAGCCUUAGAAGCGAGAGAUACUAAUGUUUAAGAUUCUCCUGGUCAUCCAUUACUACUAUCGCAAAUUAUGACGUUAAAAACAAGAAAAUACAAUAAAAAUUUUUACAAAAUA